CCCUUCAAACUCCACCACUAAUCACCAAUCCUUAACACACACACACACAAACACAUUUUCACUUCCACCAUCAAAACAACCAAACCAAAAUCAUAUAAUUGAAACUCUUUUCUUGUGUGCUUUUCUUUUAAAAUUAAUUUAUUUUUAAACUCAUUCAUUGAUUAACUAAUAAUGGCUUGUACAUUACAAGCUACCAUAGCAGCCAACACAUGCACUUUUUCAACAAGGAGAUUCUCUAUGAAGCAUAAAAAGAUUAUCAGCAAGAGAAGUUCUUGCAUGUUUAUUGUUAGAGCUUCUUCUGAUGAAUCUGAUUGCAAUGAUGAAGAAUGUGCACCUGAUAAAGAAGUUGGGAAGGUGAGUAUGGAAUGGUUAGCCGAGGAGAAGACCAAAGUAGUAGGUACAUAUCCACCACGUCGUAAACAGGGUUGGACCGGCUAUGUUGAAAAGGAUACUGCUGGACAGACAAACAUAUAUUCAGUGGAGCCAGCAGUUUAUGUGGCAGAAAGUGCUAUAAGUUCAGGAACAGCUGGUUCUUCUUCCGACGGAGCUCAGAACACAGCCGCAAUUGCAGCUGGACUUGCACUGAUCUCAAUUGCGGCGGCAUCGUCAAUACUUCUACAAGUCGGUAAGAAACCUCCUCAGGUCCAGACACCUGAAUACUCCGGACCAUCUCUUAGUUACUACAUUAACAAGUUUGUGCCACCCGAAAUUACACAAGCACCCGCGCCUACUGAGACCGAACUUUCAUCACCUGUUCAACUUGAGAGUUCGGAGACAGAAGCGUCGUUAUCUGUUCAACCCGAAACAUCUUCUGAACAAGUUUCUCAAGUUCAAGUUGAAUCUCAAAUUCAGGCAGAGGCCUCAAGUGUGGACAUUGUCUCUUAGGUGAUCACAUUGUGUGAUCACUUUUGGCUUAAAAGCAUGACAAAGUAAUUCAUUUUGUGUUAAUAAUAUAUUAUGAGCUUAUUUAUACACUAACAAAACUAAAGGUUGAUGGAUGGAAAUGUUUUUGCUACCAAAUUAAGUUUGUUUAUAUACAUAAUCCCCAAAAUAGUGACAUCAUAUUUGAAA